UUAAGCCAUUCCCCCACACACACACACAUACACACGCCUCAUUUCAUGGUCACUUCUACUUGAGAGGACCACAACCCACUCUCUCUCUCUCUCACCACAAUUAUAUCAUCACAGAGAUCUCUCUAGCUGCUACUUAGAACCAUUCCAUUCCUCUAAAUUAAAUGUCCUUCCAACAACCUCUCUCUCUCACUCUAUCUUUUACAUGACCUGAAAAACAUACUAAGAUUUGUUUUUACAAAUAUUGGAGAUGAACUUCACACCAAAUGGUCUAAACUCAGGCUCUAACAUGAACAGGGUUGGCCAGAAAAGCCAGCAUGGCCGGUCGGAGAAGCCACACGACGAUGACGACGAAGACGGCAUGUCGGAUCUCAAUUUACGCAACCUGUCAAAGCUGAUUCUGCCUCCAUUGGGUGUUUCAAGUUAUAACCAGAAUCAGAAUGAAUCCAAAGGGAGGGUCAUCUCUCCAGUAGAUUCAAGAUACAGGUGUUGGGAGACAUUAAUGGUGCUUUUGGUAGCUUACUCUGCAUGGGUAUACCCUUUUGAGGUGGCGUUUCUAAGUUCAUCUCCAAAAAGGGCACUAUACAUCGCAGACAAUGUCAUUGAUCUAUUUUUCGCAGUUGAUAUUGUCUUAACAUUUUUUGUUGCUUACAUCGAUCACACAACUCAGCUUUUAGUUCGUGAAUCCAGCAAAAUUGCUAAGAGGUACUCGUCCACAUGGUUUUUGAUGGAUGUGGCAUCAACAAUUCCAUUCGAGGCAGUAGUUUUCUUGUUCACGGGCAAAUACCAAGUGGGUACCUCUUACUCACUCUUGGGUUUACUCAGAUUUUGGCGUAUUCGAAGAAUGAAUCAAUUCUUCACCAGGCUUGAAAAGGACAUCAGAUUUAACUAUUUCUGGGUUAGAUGUGCUAGACUCUUAUCUGUGACAUUAUUUCUGGUGCAUUGUGCUGCAUGCCUGUGCUACUUGCUAGCAGACCGAUACCCCAAUGAAGGGAAGACAUGGAUUGGGGCUUCAAAUCCAAAUUUCAGAGAAACUGGCCUUGGGAUUCGAUAUAUUUCUGCAUUAUACUGGUCUGUCACCACCAUGACCACUGUUGGUUAUGGUGACCUUCAUGCUGUCAACUCAGUGGAAAUGAUGUUCAUAAUCUGCUACAUGCUCUUCAACCUUGGCCUAACUGCAUACUUAAUUGGUAACAUGACAAAUCUAGUAGUUGAAGGGACACGUCGUACCAUGGAAUUCAGAAAUAGCAUUGAAGCUGCAUCAAACUUUGUUUGUCGCAAUCACUUGCCUCCAAGGCUGAAAAAGCAGAUAUUGGCUUACAUGUGCCUCAGAUUUAAGGCUGAGAGCUUGAACCAGCAACAACUUAUUGAGCAGCUACCAAAAACAAUAUGCAAAAGCAUCGGUCAACAUUUGUUUCUGCCAACAGUCGAAAAUGUGUAUCUUUUCAAGGGUAUCUCAAGGGAAAUUCUCUUACUUCUGGUUGCAGAUAUCAAGGCCGAGUACAUACCACCUAGGGAGGAUGUGAUCAUGCAAAAUGAGGCCCCAGAAGAUGUUUAUAUCAUUGUAUCAGGAGAAAUAGAAAUAAUUGAUUGUGAUACUGAUCAGAAAGAGCGUGUUGUUGGGACUUUACACUCUGGGGACAUGUUUGGAGAAGUUGGGGCACUUUGUUGCAGACAUCAAAGCUUCACAUAUCGAACCAAGACACUUUCGCAGCUUCUGAGGCUGAAAACCAAUGCUCUGAUAGAAGCAAUGCAGACCAAACAAGAAGACAAUUUAACCAUGUUCAAAAACUUCCUUCAGCAUCACAAGAAGCUCAAGGAUCUAAGUAUUGGAGAUUUAUUGCUUGAUAGUGGGGGAGAAGAUGGUGAUCUGAACAUGUCUAUGAACCUGCUUACCGUUGCCAGUACAGGCAAUGCGGCUUUUCUUGACGAGCUUCUCAAGACAGGUUUGGAUCCAGACAUUGGAGACUCCAAAGGAAGGACCCCAUUGCAUAUAGUAGCAUCAAAAGGGCAUGAAGAGUGUGUAUUGGUACUCCUCAAGCAUGCAUGUAACAUACACUUGAAAGACAUAGAUGGUAACACUGCAUUAUGGGAUGCUAUAGCAGCAAAGCACCAUUCCAUAUUUCGGAUCCUCUACCACUACGCUGCAACCUCUGAUCCCUAUAUUGCCGGUGAUCUUUUAUGUGCAGCCGCAAAGAGAAAUGAUCUCACAGCGAUGAAGGAACUCUUGAAACAAGGACUGUACGUGGACUCAAAGAAUCGAGAAGGAUUAACAGCUAUCCAAACCGCGAUGGUAGAAAACUACAAAGAUAUGAUAAAUAUUCUAGUCAUGAAUGGUGCAGAUGUCAAUAAUGCAAAUGAGAAAGACUUCCCUACAGUGAAUCUGAAUGAAAUGCUUCAAAAGAGAGAGGUUGGACAUCGAAUAAUUGUGCCAGAUAUGAUACCAGAUGAAGUGCUUCUUAGAAGGCAUGAAGUUGAGCAGGAGUGUUGCAACUGGGUAAGAUCAAAUGGGCUAUGUUAUCCAAGAGUCAGUAUUUACAAAGGCCAUCCCGUGGUCAGGAGAGACACUUGCUGCACACAAGCUGGGAGGCUCAUUAGGCUGCCAAAUUCACUAGAGGAACUCAAGAACAUUGCAGGUGAAAAGUUGGGAUUUGAUGCAAGAACCAUAUUGGUAUUGGAUGAAGGGGGGGCAGAAAUUGACUCAAUUGAAGUGAUAAGAGAUAAUGAUAUGCUUUUCAUAGUUGAAGACUCUUAACUCCCUAAUGUAAUCAAAAGUUAAUUUCCAAGUCCUGAAUUAAUUAGGACUAGCAAUUGAUAUAUACACAUUUAACGCAAUGAAUAUAAGUCUUUUUCCUUUUUGUAAA